AUGGGGCUGCAAGGGUACGUGGGCAACUCCCAGGACGUGACCAGGAUCCGGAGGCAGCAGAAGCAGCGGGAGGAGCAGAAGAAGAAGUUCGAGGAGCUGCGCAACCAGUCCAAGGCCAAGCUGGAGAAUGCGGGCCUCAGGCGGUUCGGCGCAGGUAGCUCGGAGGUCCUUGACACUGCAUUCAAGAGAGAGACUGUGGGCCUGGUGACCCGAGAGGAGUUCAUGCAGAAGAGGUCAACGAUUGAGGAAAGGAUUGAAGAAGCUGAAAACCGGAGACUCCGUGAGGAGCAUGAAAAAGUACUCGCUGCAAAGGAAGAGCGGAAGAGGAAACGGGCCAAACUUGCUGCCCAGGCGAAAUUGUCAUUUGCUGGAGAGGAAGAUGAAGAAAGCGAAGAGCAUGGCUCCGAUGGACAAUGUGACGGUGGCGAAGACGAUGCAAAUGGUGGGGUGAAACGUCCAAGGUUCGCAAAGUAUGGGAAGGACCCAGCUGUGGAGACCAACUUCCUCCCAGAUGCUGACCGCGAGCUGGAGGAGGCCGAGCUGCGCGAGAAGCUGAAGCAG